ACUUUGUUGCGAGAGUGGGCAGGGAGUCGAGGGUGACGGUCGGCAUGGGGAAGAUACGGUGGGGGGAGCUGGAGGACGACGCGGGGGAUCUGGACUUCCUCCCUCAGCCGCUGGUGGUCGUAGGGCCCGACGAGAACGGAGCGAAGAAUGUGAUCGAGUACCGGUUCGACGACGAGGGCAACAAGGUGCGCGUCACCACCACCACCCGCGUCCGCAAGCUCACCGGCGCCCGACUAAGCAAGCGCGCCAUCGAGCGCCGGUCCUGGCCCAAGUUUGGCGACGCCGAAUACGAGGACGCCGGCGCUCGCUUCACCAUGGUCUCCACCGAGGAGAUCCUCCUCGAGCGCCCCCGAGUCGCUGGCAGCAAAGCAGAGGAGCCAAAGGUGGCUGAGGAUCCAUUGGCUGCUGUGAGCAAAGCAGGCGCUGUCCUCAUGGUCUGCCGGACUUGUGGUAAGAAGGGUGAUCACUGGACAGCGAAGUGUCCUUACAAGGAUCUCACUCCACCAACAGAGAGCUUAAUCGACAACCCCCCAGGUGCCGAAACUGCAGCUUCACAAUCCGGCACCGGAAAGAGUACCUACGUGCCCCCUAGUAUGAGAGCAGGUGCAGUGAGGAGUGGGACUGAGAUGAAGCACCGCAACGACGAGAACUCUGUCCGCAUCACCAACCUAUCAGAGGACACCCGAGAGCCUGACCUGUUGGAGCUUGUUGAUGCUUUUGGCCCCAUUGCUCGUAUCUAUGUCGCUAUGGAUCAGAAGACUGGAGUCAGUCGUGGCUUUGGUUUCGUCAACUUCUUCAACAGGGAAGAUGCAGAGAGAGCUAUCAACAAGCUUAAUGGCUAUGGCUACGACAACCUUAUCCUUCGUGUUGAAUGGGCUACUCCAAGGCCCAACUGAGUUUGUGCUAUCUGCAAGUAAUGUUGUAUGGUUCAGAUGGGAAGCCGUUUUCAUUCUCAUCCCUUUUAAUCUUGAUUUUGUUGCUUAAUUUUUUUACCAGAAUUCACACAACUUCUAAGGUGAUGAUAAUAAACACAAUUUACAUUGGAUUGGAUAA